GCACGGCUGACCUCACAUCCGGACGCAGCUUGUCGUGCUUCCUGCCUUGCUGAGGGAGGGGACGGUGCUGACGGCUGGGAGGACGAAAGGAGAGACAAGAAAGCUUUAGGGAAGACAUACGAGAGUGGGGAACGGCCCGGGUUUCCACCGUCCGUCGGGAAACAAACACCCCAGUUUUCUGUAGCUGCUGGAUUUGUCACCAAAUCAGCGCUAAACAAAAAUGUCGACCAGUCGUCAGCUUAGCGAGAGCAGGGCCAUCCCGACCAAGACGGUGUUGAUCAACGACACAACGCAGCUACCUCAUGACUAUUGUACCACCCCCGGAGGCACUUUAUUCUCUACCACUCCUGGAGGAACCCGGAUCAUCUACGACCGCAAGUUCCUCCUGGAUCGGCGCAAUUCUCCCAUUGCCCAGACUCCACCGGCUCACCUGCCUGUCAUCCCUGGCGUGACCAGUCUAAAUGUUCUGACUGAGAACCGGAAGAAUGAAGCCAACAACCACGUCAACAACCACGAUGGGAAGCCUACAACUGGUGAUGAUGCUCAGUUUGAAAUGGACAUCUAACCGACUGGAACCACACCAGCAAAAGGAAAUAACCUGGCAACACGUGUGCCAGUGGCUUGGCUUGUAGAAACCAAUGUCGUGAGCCCUCAUGGCAGCCAUCUUCUUUAGCUCUUUGUCUCACUGCUGGAUGUAAUGUGUGUAAACCAUGGGGAUUCAGUCUAUCAUACAGGUACAGUUUGGCCAUUGCUGGAAACUCGGUUUAUUUGAAUAGAUUUCCAUGGUUACCAGUUGCAGUACAAAUUAACUUCACAACACGGGAGCUUCUCCCAGAAUGCCCAAACAAAUUAGUCCAAUUUCUCGGGAGUCCCCCAGCAGAGACGUAAAACAGGAAAUAAUCCACGUUAAUUGGGAGAGGAAGUGGUUAUUUUUUAAAUUUUUUCUUUUUAGUCUUUGCCUCGGAAUCAAUCGAAACAUAUGAAAUUCCACACAGUCUUUGGUUUUGAAGACCCUUGUUAGCAUGAUAUUUCAGUGAUUUUUUUUUUUUUUUAAAAUGUUUUGAAACUACUUGAAAAGCCCCACAGUCUAUUAUUAUUAUUAUUAUUAUUAUUAUUAUCAUCAGUUGGACUCUUUAGUUUCCAGUGAUGGUUUGUAAAGGGAUGCUGUGUUUUCAAUUAGGUGAAGAUUUCAUGCUAUUCCAAGACUUCACUCUUCAUUAUCAACACAAGGGUGCACAAGUUUCCAAUUUCCAAGAUAUGUUUUGUUUUGUUUUGUUUGUUUUUUGUUUUUUUGUUUGUUUGUUGUUUUUGUUUUUUGUUUUUAAAUGAAUUUUAGCCUGCGAUUGAGCGGUUUUUAAUCAAAAAAUGAUUGUACUUCCCACUUAUGUAAGGUUUCAACCUGGCAACUGACAAACAAGCUUUUGAUUUUAGUUACAUUUCAGUAUAACAAUAUAAAGCCACUCAUUUCAUCACGA